UAGAAGAAAUGGCGGAUUAUUUUGGGUAAAGAGGCCAAACGUUUGUUUGAACGUCCCUUCAGGGCAUUAUAAAGGAACAAAAUGACUGAUAUAUUGUGCCGGUGGCUUAAUGAAGAUGUUAAGCUGAGCAGAAUUAUAGAUCCCAUAAACAUUGCCAAGGAGUUUUCUACAGGUUUCUUACUUGGAGAACUCUUAAAUAAACAUGGUUUACAAGAGGAUUUCUCUUUCUUCUCCCAAAACAUCACUUCUGACUCAAAACUUCAUAAUUUCACACGGCUGGAACCAACCUUAAAGUUGUUGGAAGUUCCCUUUGAUACAAAUGUGGCACAAGCUAUCAUGAGUGAGAAUCACAGUGCUAUCACAAGACUGAUGUACCAGCUCUUUAUAGCACUUGGAAAGAAAUCUAAAAUGGGACUAACAGGAGUUGCUAUGGAAACCAUGAGACCCAGUGGCCCAGUGAAGCUGGAAAGUAUUGAAAGUGGACUUUACAAAGAGCGACUGAAGCAGCUAACCAAACGUCAAGUGGAUUUGAAUUUUGAGCAACUAGUUCAGAGAUACCAAGCCAAACAGAAACAGCAGGAGGAUUUGGCAUUUAAAGCAAAGUUUGAGGAAGAAGAAAGAAUGAGAAAGUACCUACAAGGACAAAGACGACAAGGUUUGGACAAGUCAAAACAAGCCAAACAAAAGCAGUUGGAGAUGAUGGGUAAAAUAAGGGAUGCAACAGUGAGGAUUCCCAAACCUCCUGAUUCCAAGAAAACGGCAAAAUCUCGGACUGAAAUCAGACGUCAAAGGGAAGCAGAGGAGGUAAAGGAAAGCAUUGAUGCAUUUGAAGCAAGUAUGAGGGCUGUUAUUCCACCAGCUAGUCCAAUAGGAUUUGAGGGAGAAUCUAACCGAGAGAUUGACACUGAAAUUGACACCUUCCUUGGUACCCAAUCUCCCAAGAAGCCUGUGGAUCCGCUGUCAUACAUUAAACCCAGAUCGAAUGAUGAUUACAUCAAUAAAAUCAGGACAAGACUGGAGGAAAACUCAGUUGCUAGAAAGGAAAGAGAGAAGAGAAGAAGGAGAGUCUUGAUUGAACAGAUGAAGGCGCAUGAGGCUCAAGAAGAAGCACAUCGUGAAGAGAUGCUUGUGAACAGACUCAUGAGACAAUCGCAGCAGGAGAGAAGGAUUGCUGUCCAACUUAUGCAGAUUCGCCAUGAAAAAGAAGUCAUUCGUCAAAACAGGAUAUUUAGAGAGAAACAGUAUGCAGAGAGAAGACUGAAAGACUUUGAUGAUGCAUUAACAAGAGAAGCGGAAUUAUGUCGUCAGGCCAGAAUAGAAUAUGCAGAGGAGACAAGGAAAGCUCAGGAAUUGAAUGAUAAAGUAAAAGCAGAAAUUGCAGAGGCAAAGUAUCAAAAGCACUAUAAUAUUUGCAGGGAGGUUUUGUCACAGAUUGUGGACUUCUCUUGUAAAAUAGGAGAAUACAGAGAACUCACUGAAAAACUCAUUCCACCCAAGAUGUUCAGAGAAUGGAAAGCACUGUUCUUUGAAGGACUUCCCAUUUAUGAGGAUCAGCCAACUGAAGAGUCCAGUACUGAACUUUCCAAACAGAAAGAAAUUGAGAAAGAAAAAGAGGAUUUGAUGGAUGAGGGAGAUUUUUUAGAGUACAAGAAUUUAAUUGGUGAAUGGACUCCUGUUGAAGGAUCAGAAAUACAGGGACCUGCAAAGGAUAAUGCAGUCCUAGGUCAUAUCAUUCACAGGCUCUUUAACAUUGUCUCUCCACCAGAGGCACCUCCACCUCCUCCUGAGUUUCCACCUUUUCCAAUCAAGGUCUGUUUUCUUGGAAAGUUUUUUAGCGGGAAAACCACAACAAUUAAUAAAAUUCUUGAAGGUCAUCGAAUGGUUAGACUCUCUGUGGAUGAUCUUGUUGCAGAGGCCAUUAAUGCUUUUAAAAACAAUGAAUGUAUAGAGGAACCUUCAGAGGAGACAGCAAUACUGGAUGAAGGAACCUCCACUAAGAAAGUGAGCAUCCAUGAAGAGACUGGUAAGAGUAAAGACCAAGCAUCUGAGGAGUCUAGGGCUGUGACACCACAGUCAGGUGCACCAGAAGAAACAAUGGGAGAGGGUAGAGAAAAUGAAGAUCCUAACAAAGUGGAAGAAAAACAAGUCAGUGAAGCUGUAGAUGUGGAAGAAAAAAGAGAUAAGACUAAAGAAGAACUUGAGAAAGAAAUGACUGACAUAAAAGACGAUGACCAGAAAUCACCAUCUAAGUCUAAAGUGCUGGAGCCUGUUUUAUCAAGAACUAAGGGGCCCACUCUCACAGUCCGUGCUAAAUUGGGUUCAAAGGCCUAUAGCUUUCUAAAAAAGGGGAAAACCACACCAGACCAAUUAUUGGUUGAUAUCAUGGUAGAAGCUGUCAGGCAAGUCCCGGAGGGUAGUGGUUGGAUCAUGGAUGGGUUUCCUAGUACAAUUAACCAAGCCAAGUUGUUGGAAAAAUCACUCAGUGGAUAUGAUGCACAGAAGGAAGCUAAGGAUGCUAAAGCUGCCAAAGAACCUAGCAAAGUUAGCAAGACCAGGAAAUCCAGACUGGCACCAGACCCCCACCCUUCACCUGAGGCUCCUGCACCCAAGAGUGGUAUUGACUUGGUAUUGUUGUUUGACCUGCCUGAUGAAGUUUCACUAAAGAGAGCUGAAGGAAGAAUGUAUGAUCCCAUGUCUUCCCAGCAGUACCAUCAAGAGUAUAAUCCACCAGUAGAAGGCAGUUAUACAGGCAUUAAUAAACAUGAAAAAGUUAUCCCCAUAACUGAUCCUUCAAAUGACCGUGAGCAAGUCCAGCAGAGGAUUGUAGGUUUUGGUGAUGGCUGGCCAAAGCUAGAAAAAUGGUUUGCUAAGUUUGGUGUUCUUCAACGCGUUGAUGCAAACAGCAGUCAAGAUGAACUGUAUGACGAAGUAUCAGCCUUACUGAAUGAAACUUAUCAGAAAUUAAUUGCACCACCUGAGGAGCUUCCUUCUGAACCCUCUGUUCACCAAGGACAGGCAGCUGAAGCUGAGACGCCAUCAGGGGCUCAGGUGCCUGCUGGUGAUGGGCCUUCAGGUGAAGGCUUGGGAAGUGAAGGCGUUACAGCUCCUCCAGAAAGUGUUGCUCCGCCAUCUGAGGCUCCAUCUGAGGUAGGGGCCAAAUCUGAUGGCAAGUCAGAGAAGGGUACCUCAAAGAAUAAAGCAGACUCUAAACCAGGCUCUCCAAAGUCCAGGAAAAGCAAGAAGGAUCGCUCACCCUCCCCACCCACAUCGAAGAAAGGAACUAAAAGCCGUACCCCAUCCCCUCCCAGUUCUAAGAAAGGCUCAAGAUCAGGAUCCAAGUCACCAUCAGCGUCAAAAAAGGGCUCUAGACCUGGUUCCAAGGGAUCAAGACCCGGAUCAAAGAGAGCUAAAUCUGCCAAGAAAGGCGCUGAAGAGCCAGAGGAGGAGAUACCACCUGAACCCCAGGGGCCACCCGAGCCAGAGCCUGGUUCCGAGGACUGGGAAUAUGUUGAUCAAGCUAUUGAUGUGGAUUUUGCUGGAGUUCUUGUCUCUCAGUGGGAGAGUACUGAAGAAGUCUACGUUGAAUCUUGUAAAAACGUCUUUGGAUUGAUCAGACGUGAAAGAGAACUUAUCCAUAGAUAUUUCUACGGAGUAAGAAAAGAUUUUGUAGCGUUUUUGAAGAGGCCAGAUGAGAAACAGGAAUAUGUCCUUCAAUGGCAAAAGUCGUACAAUGAAGUGACUGAAGACAUGAGAGGAGACGAGGAUACCAAAGCGGAGCUACACCAGCAGCUAGAUGACCUUUGUGAUCGUUUGAACGAUAUCUGUGACAAUCGCAAAGACCUAGCAGAGAAAGAGCGUCAAUCAGUGAUGAAUGAGGGCUGGCUGGAGGAUCGGCUUGGUCUUCUCACAAACUUUUACAUCACACUAAUGCAAGCAGAAGUCGAUAGAUACCAAGAUACAGUGCGGUUACUGAGGGACUAUUAUGUUGGUAUGGAAGGUAAAAUUCCAUCAGAAGUUAUCACAGACUACGCGCGCUUAUCACUUGUCGAACUACCACUGACUGUAAGACCACAGUCUGCAUCAUCCAAGUCUGGGGGAAGUGAAAGUGUAACGAACUUAGCAGCCACCGAAAAGACUGAGGUCAAAAGUCCAUCUGGUAAAAAAGACAGAGAUAAGAGUUCAAAAACUCCUGAACCUUCAGAAGCACCGGAGGAGGAACAAAAGCCUCGGAUGCUUUUAUAAUGGCUCUGACAAUCAUCGACACACUGGCCUUGAUAGAUCAGACAGAGCAAGAGGCUGAGGCUAUAAGACAGGCCGAGCUUGAAAAAGAAAAGGAGAAAGAAGCGUUGCAGAAGAAAGCAAAAGACAAGAAAGACAAGAAAGGACGGAAGAGUCCUGGAAAGGGCGGAUCACCGUCUAAGACAGAGACACCUCCUCCGCCUCCACCAGAAGACCAAGAAGGACAGUCUGAAGAAGAGAAGCUCAAGCAGAAAACAAAGGAGAGAGCAAGAAAGGAAUUUCUUGGUGCUGUUGGUUCAGAAGACAAUGGAUUGAAAACCCGCCUUGAAAUGAUAAAAAACCACGCCAUUGCGGUUCUACAGGAACUUAAGGGAAAGGCGGAUUCAACUUACAAAGACAUGGAUGACUGGCUGGGAGAAAGGUUCCUGCAAGAAGUUGGAAGCAUCAAAGAAAUGGCAGAGAAUAUACGUUUUGCAGUGGAGAAAGAGGAAAAGUUACAAGAAGAAAGUCUUCUGAUGGACAAAGACUUUGUUGUCGAUCUGGACACCAAGACGUUUAAGACACCCACACCACCGCCGCCUCCAAGCCCAACGGAGGUGCCUCAGAGUGACACAUUUACUGUGAAUCAACUGUUGAACUUACAUCGACAGAUGUUGGAGACAGCCCCAAGUGGGGUCAUUUCCAAUCGAGCAUUUUGUGACACCAUAAUGGAUAUGACAGCUUUAACCCACGGGAUGGAGCUGCUACCAGACUCGUGGAUGAACAUAACACAGCAACAGCUACAAGAGGUGUGCUCAUUACUUGCUCUGGACACUGAGUUUAUUGAUUGGCGGAGGUUUCUUUUGGCGGCCGCGCAGCCCUGGCCUCCAGCAUCAAAAAUGGAUUUGUUGUUAACGCUGGAACAUUGUCGUGAGGUAGACACUACACUGUCAGGAUCUCUAACCCAGCAACGAUUUGAACAGGUAGGACUUUGGUUCUCAGGGCAACAAGAGCUUGAAAAUCCUCAAGACCCGGAUGAGUCUCCUGCAUUUGACAGACUAGGCAAGCUAAAGAAUCUGUUGUACUUUGCUGUUGACCCAGACCCCUUAGAGGGUUUUCUUCGAGGACUGAGCCUUGUUGCAAACCAACCAAUGCCGUCCAGCAAGUCUUUAGUUCAUCUCCCUCAACCAAUGACGGAAGAAUAUGGCGGUGACGUCAGUGUCCCACAAAUCCAGGAACCCACUUCACCACCACCUGAAAUGAACUCACUUGUGACACUGGACAACCUAAUGAAGGUUUUUCAUCAUGGUGAAGGGCAACGGGAAGAUACAUAUCGCCUUAAUGUUACGGCUGACCCAGACGAUACAUUUGCGAAGGAACGUUUGGCAGGUGUGUUUGUGGAACUUGGUGCCGAGGAAACAGAAGCCGUUCCAUUCCACCUCUUAUACCAGCAUCCUAUUAUACAGGACUGCAUGCAUAUGUGUCAGCGGUUUAAAACAUUGGAUCUUCGAAAUUCUUUCAAGAGUUCUUCAGUUGAUACAUUUGAAUAGUGUUUUCCAA